CACAGAUGUCACACAAGCGAUGAUUAUUUGAAAUAUUUUGUUUUAACAAUCAUUAGUUGAUUACUAUAUAGUCAAUUUAUAGAAAAGCUUCCUGAUUUUUACCCGUAACAAAAUAAAACGAAAAUUAAAGUCGAACACUUUGACUAGAAAUAUCAAGCUAUAAACACGGAAGUACAGCAUUUCAGAAACAGGAAGUGAGCACAGUUUCAAGUUAAUCAUCGUAGGAGGGGGCCCGCUACUGAGAUAUUGCUAAUUUUACGCAGAGAAAAUAAAGAUGUGGAAAGGAGCAGCUGGUCAUGACAUAAAGGUAGAAACAGUAGCUGAUGAUGAUGAUUGGGAAACAGAUCCUGAUUUUGUGAACGAUGUAACUGAACAGGAGCAGAGAUGGGGAGCCAAGACAGUAGAAGGGUCGGGAAGACAAGGAUCCAUUAAUAUUGGUAAUUUACGUGAUCAAGUCAAAACCGAUGAUGCCCAGAAAAAGCAUGCAGAGUAUGAAGCAGGGCCGAAGGCAUCACAUGGAUAUGGUGGAAACUAUGGUGUUGAAGCCGACAGAAUGGAUAAAGUAAGUGAAAUAUAA